GCUAAAGGGCUAAAGCUAACUCGCCAGUCAAGUAGCCGACUAGCUGUCAGUGCGGUCGGUGACGUUUUCACUCGGUCAGUGACGACGGCGACGAGCGAGCCCGUAUCACCGAACCCCUUUUUUGUUCGCGUUCCUACUCUUUUAUCACCUUUCUCAAACGCCCCACGUAGCUAGACUUGUUCCAUCCGCGAAAAAUAUAGAUUGUGCUUCCGCUUCUUUCCGUUCCGCUUGGUGUAGUUUCCUCUUUCCUUCGUCGUAAUCUCCCUUCUUCACGGCGGAACAUCGUUCGAGUUCGGGGGCUGCGGACAGCCGGGACGACGGCGUAGGUCCGCGGGCCGCGGAGAAGGUUGGCUUUCAAGCGAGCUCGGCGGCGGUAGACAUGAUGUUGUCGAAGCGAGCGUGUCUUCCCAGCGAAUCAGCGAACAUGUCGGGACAGUAAAAGGACGAACCAGAACCGGACUGGACGGACGGAGUCUGGCUCGUGUUCUGCUGGACCCGCUUGAGCGUCUCCGCUGCAGUUUGUCUCCGCUGCAGUUUGCCAUUUAUUGUUUCCCGGGACAAUUCAAGAUUUGCCCCCCCACCCCAUUCCCAAAACAAAAAAUUAAAACAUUAACUGGCUGUCAUUGAUUGUCAGGCAGUGACACUUUUUGACCCGAGGUAUCAGAAGUUGGAUUUUUAGAUUUGAACGUCCUUCAAGAUGACGUCCAGCACGCCAGCAGAUAUGAUCAACCUGCGACUUAUCCUGGUUAGCGGGAAGACCAAGGACUUCUUGUUCUCUCCCGACGACUCGGCAGCUAACAUCGCCAAUCACGUUUACGACAACUGGCCGACGGACUGGGAGGACGAGCAAGUACGCAGUAACAACAUCCUCAGGCUCAUCUACCAGGGACGCUUCCUGCACGGCAAUGUCACGCUAGGAGGCCUGAAGCUUCCCGUGGGCAAAACCACCGUCAUGCACUUAGUGGCCCGAGAGACGCUGCCCGAGCCCAACUCCCAAGGUCAGAGGAACCGGGAAAAGCGCGGGGAGAGUAACUGCUGUGUGAUCCUUUAAACUGAACUCCGAAAAUCUCCGAUGCCUCCUUUUCUGAGAACCGCCUGACCCUGCCUCGGGUCCCUGCUGUCUCAUUACAAAAACACAGCCCACGUUAGACCACUAAACUGGAUUUAGCUUUUGUUUUUAAACACUGUAAGCCUUCUCACACAUACAGUUUGGAAUUGACUGUGAGCUGGUUGCCAUGGGGACGAUGCCUUCUUUUCUUUUGAAUGCUAACAAGUGCGCUAAUACGCCAACACACACACACGUGUGCUGGUGUCCAUCUUGUUGCCAAGAAGUUGCUCCAUAACGGCGUUGUCUGCACAGAUUUGUCAUUUUCUCAGCUUGAGUAUUCAUGUUUUUGUUGUAAUCAUGAGUUAUUAAUGAUGUUCAUUUUGCACAAUAUACCACGUGCUUCUUUAUGCACAUUCAAUUAUAUGUAUGUAUGUAUGAACACUAAGUGAGAGUUUGUAUGCAAGUAAUCCGUGUACAGAAUGUCAUUCACUUCCGGUUUCCUUAUGAUUGACAUUGAUUUUAUUGUGCGUUUUCUUUUUUGGGGUGAAACAUUAUUGUUGCAAUCAAAUAUGUACAAGAAAUAGACAUUUAUGGUUGUAAAUAGACGCCUACACAAACCUUUAAACUGAAUAAAGCUAAAUUAUGUGUCACGUGACUCCGGUGAUUUGCUGAUCUCAAAUGAAGACAUGCAAAGUAUGUGGUUAUUGUGGUGUAAGAUUAACAAGUCUUCGAAUGAGGUUUGUACAUUCCAUGUAAUCAUUACAAACAUUGUUAACUUGUUGACUGUACAAACAAUUUAAGGAAGAGGAGUUCAGCAGUAGGAGCUCUUGACUAAAGAGUGACUUUACAGUCAUUCCGUGCCUGUGAGAUGUAGUAACCGGCUAAAAAUUUGUAGUUUGUAUUCCAUGAGACUAGUUAGCGUGUGAGUGAAUCCGAGUGUAGUCACAAUAAGCGAUAUUUCAACUAUCGUGUGCAUGACGCAAACAGAAGCUGUUAGCUUUAGCAUAACAUGUUGAUACUUGUCUGGAAACGUCACUGC